UGAACGUUCUUGACCUGGUCAAGUCAUAAAGCCGAUCACGCCAGUUGAAACCACAAAUCAUGAAGAUCGUAUCUUCAAUUUUGCUCAUUGCAACUUUCGCUCUUUACGAUGUAAAUUGCUUAAGUUGCUACGAUUGCGGUUCGCCUCAGUUGUCCGACUGUUCUCGAAAAACUUCCGAGUGUUUGGAGGCGAAUUCAACCUGCGCCGAUGUGCGAAUCAGAGACGAAGUUCGAGGUGUCGACUACAUCGCGAAAGGGUGUGCUCCCGUUGACAUCUGCGCAACCAUCGAACAAAAUAGCAAGGUGACCUGCUCCGAGUGCUCGGAAGAUUUGUGCAACGAUAAACCAUCAACUCCUCAGAGGCGAACCGUACGAGCUGCCUCGGGAUGGUGGUCAAAGUUGAAGGAUUCAACACCACCUCCACCGGUGGAAACGACGAGUACCAAACAAAAGCGAGGGAUUGGACCGUGGCUCGAUGCGGGCUCCGAAAUCCUGAGAUUUGUCAACAAUCGUAUGGAAAUGGAAGCAGCGGCUGUAGCGCAAGCCCUAGCGCAAGCUCAUGCUCAAGCUAUGGCGUUGAGCAGUGGUAGUAGGCUAUAUUUGAGCAGCUUUAUUCUGAUUUUGAGUAUUUUUAAAUUUAUUUUCUAACACCUUUGUAAGGGAAUCUUUUAAAAAUAAAACUCUAUGAAAAAAGUUUUCUUAUAAAUGGUAAAGGGUUUCAAUCAUGUUUUUUUUGUAUAAACGCAGCGGAAUUAUCACAUUUAAAAACUAAACUUUGAAAUUAACUCAUACUAUUUCGAUACCUAUUCUAAUCAAAAACACUUGGCCAUGUUCGAAUAAUUGUUCCAUGAG